CGACCAUAAGAUCCCCACAAUGGCUCAAAAACGCAGCCAUGAAGAGUUCGCCGAACGUUCGACAGAGGGCACGCACGAACACAAAGACAACGAUGCUACAACCGACAAUGCUAGCGGCGGCGACUGGGAGACGGCCGAGAACCGAGCGACGAAGAAGCUGAAGAAGGUGCCAAAGCAGCAGUCGAAUAACUACCCUUCUAUCAGCCACUCCAGCAGUGCGCGCCUGCAGUCUAUCGUCAAAAUCGGCGAUCUUCAGGCGCUAGCGCUCUACAUACUCGGUGACGGGAAUGCACCGCAAUGGGUGGCAGUCAAGAACAAACAGCAGAUCCGCAGAUUCGUUAUUGUCAUGGUGCCUGGUCUGGAAGCGGGUAUGUUCAAUGGAACGAUUCCUUUGGAGGACAGUGCUGCGCAGGCGCAAGCGCAAGAGGGUGAGGCACAGGACACAAAUGGCAAACUGGCUAUGAAUCCCGACGACUAUUAUCCCGUCAAGUUGGUAGCAGACAAGUUGCCCGAGCCCUUGAGGCCGUUUGCAGAUAUGUUCCCGCACAUCUGGCCCAUCAAGACUCCCGGCGACGAUAAGUUCUCCAAGGUGCAUUCGCCGCUGCAAGCAAUCCUCAAUUCGCCUUUGCCCAAGGGAGUCGACGAGAAGAAGAAGAAGGGGCCACAGCCGCCAAGGGGCGAAUGGAAAAACCAGCGCACGUCCAUCACGGAAUACCUGGCGACGUCAGAAGAGUUGUUGGAAAACGAGUACCCGUUGCAUCCAGCAUACUACACAACCCCAGAAGAGAAGGAGGCUGCUCUCCAGCAGAGGACGGCCGCGGAGCAAGAUUUGGCGCAUGGAUGGCUCGACACACCAGUAGAGAAGCUCGAGGACGGCGAAGUGCCGGAUCAAGAGAUUGAACAAGGCAGCCUGACAGCAGGCAGAAAUGUCCUUACUAUGGACUGCGAGAUGUGCAAGACUGCGGAGGAUACAUACGAGCUUACACGCAUCAGUUUGGUCAAGUGGGAUGGCUCAGUGCUCAUGGACGAGUUAGUGAAGCCAGACCGGCCCAUUAUUGACUAUCUCACACCCUACUCUGGCAUUACUGAGGAAAUGCUUCGCCCUGUCACAACUACUCUCUCCGACAUCCAGAAGAAGCUCAUGGAAGUCAUCACGCCGCGCACGAUUCUAGUGGGCCAUUCGUUAGAUUCCGACCUCAAAGCGCUCAAAAUAACGCACCCCUUCAUCGUCGACACGUCGAUCCUGUACCCGCACCCGCGUGGACCGCCGCUCAAGUCGUCACUCAAAUGGCUUUCGCAAAAGUAUCUGCAGCGCGAAAUUCAGAAGCAACACGGCUCGACAGGCCAUGACAGCGUCGAGGACGCGCGAGCUUGUCUCGAUCUCGUCAGGCAAAAGUGCGAACGUGGUAAGCGCUGGGGCACCAACGACGCCAACUCCGAGUCCAUUUUCAAGCGACUGGGGCGCAACAAACGGCCAAAGAAUCAGGCCAUGGCUGCGACGGGCGAGGAGCCGCGCACAGGCGCAGUUGUGGACUGGGGCGAGCCGAAGCGUGGGUUUGGUGCCGCUGCUGAAGCGGCCAUCGGAUGCGGUAGUGACGCGGACGUUGUAGAGGGGAUAAAGAAGGUGGUAGUGGGAACGGGUAGGGGCCCUGAACAGGCGGAUAUUCCGUCAAGGGGCGUGGACUUUGUUUGGGCGCGAAUGAGGGAGCUCGAAGCUGUCAGGGGAUGGUGGACAAGGACGAAGAGCGCGGAUAACGCGGUACUGCUGGCAAACGCAUUGGCGAAGAUGGGCCCUGCCGCAGACAACAGCACCGCGAACGCCUCGGACGAAAGCACUGCGACAGCGACCAAAACGACGAACCCUGCCGUUCCUACGACGGGCCCUGGCGCCGACGCUGACAUCAACUUGGCCUCGCCCUCGGCCGAGGUUUCGCCCUCUCAGCUCGGUGCUGCGGUCAAGAAGACGGCGGACCACCUGAAGGAGCUGUACGACUCUUUCCCGCCAUGCACGGCAUUCGUCGUGUACAGCGGGACGGGCGAUCCGCGCGAGACGCAGCGGCUGCAGGAGCUCAAGCAGCAAUUCCACCGCGAGUACAAGACGAAAAAGUGGGACGAGCUCAACGUGCACUGGACGGACGUCGAGGACCAGGCGCUAAGGAGGGCGUGUAAAAAAGCGAGAGCGGGCGUGGGAUUCAUGGUCGUGAAGUAAAACGCUACUGCUGAUUAAUAUAGAUGAGCAAUAGCGCGUAAAAAGAUGGAUCCUUGACGGCGGGGGAGAUUGCUUUGAAAUCAAGGUACUGGGAUGGUGUAUGUACGGAUAUGGUGGCAGUCGUGUCUACGUAUCCUCUGACACGAUUGCGCAAUACGUUGCCUUCGCAGCAGUUAGAGUAUACGAAAGGUCUACGUAGCAUUGCAUGCUACAAGAAGACACGCGUCGAAUACGAAAUGGGAAACGUGGACAUGGAGAUAGCUUGGUAAAAGUAAAUGGAUAUAUCGAUUAAGUCCGUCAAGGCCGAGGAGGGUGAGGCUCAAGCGGCCAAGGCAGCAACAAAUGGACUUGGAUGGAUUGGAACUGGAAUCCUGCAAGCAUGAUGAACGCGUGGAGAAGGAAUGACUUGCCUUUUGCCGACCCCCUGGUAGGUAGGUAGGUAGGUAGGUAGAAGGAUUUACU